CAGCCAUCUAUAAGUCUUGAAGCUUAGUGAGAAAUAAUAAAACUAUAAAUCGCACCGAUUGAACAUUAGUAUGAAAAACUUAUUUAUUAUAUUUGUUAAACAACAUUAUAUAUACAAGUUAUUCUAUUCGCAUCAUAUUUCAACAGAACGAUAACUCUCAAAGAAUGACGGUGAUUUUCCACACUUUGGACACGUUCAACACAGAAUUUUCGGCGGACUCUGUCGAAUGGUGUCCCGUAGAGCCGUUUCGGGAUGUGGUAGUAUGCGGAACGUAUCAGUUGACCAAGAGCAGCGAGAACGUGGUAACAAGGAGUAACGAUGUGUCGAAACGACUUGGGAGGGUUUACAUUUUCCGUAUAGCGGAUGGCGGAAAAUUAACGAUGUUACAACGAAUAGACGUCCCGGCUGUAUUGGACAUGAAGUGGCUGCAUUGCCGAGACAAGGAGAACAGAAUACUUCUCUCAAUUGUAAAUUCCAUCGGAUAUCUGCAAGUGUAUCAAUUUGAGGGCGAUCGAGACGCUGAAACGUUAAGAUUAAUUGUGGAGCAAAAGAUCAGCGAUAACGACAACGAAAUGUUGGCGCUAUCCUUGGACUGGUCCACAGGAAGAUGCGUCUCGCAUACUUGUAUCUCUGAUAAUCCGCAUAUCGUCGUCAGCGACUCUCGAGGAUGGAUAUCACGUUUCACAUUGCAUAGGAAUGACUUAACAAGAGACUUAUCGUGGCGCGCGCACGACUUCGAGACAUGGAUCACAGCGUUCGACUAUUGGCAGACAAAUUCCUUUUACUCUGGAGGCGAUGAUUGCAAGUUUCAAGUCUUUGACAGUAGAACAGGGCCUGAUCCUGUAGCAUGUAUCAGAACACACAGUGCCGGUGUGACCAGCAUCCACAGCAACGCCAACGCAGAAUUUUCGCUCGCAACCGGAAGUUACGACGAAAUUCUAAGAUUGUGGGAUAAGAGGAACUUCAAACGAUCGAUGUCUGAGAUUGAUCUGCGCGGCGGGAUCUGGCGCUUGAAGUGGCAUCCUUUUUCACGCCGUUACUUACUUGCCGCUUGCAUGUACGGCGGCUUCAAGAUCGUCGACUGCGGAAACGAGGAGUCGCCGGCAAUUGUUAGCGAAUACAACGAGCAUGAAAGCAUAUCGUACGGUUGCGAUUGGUCGUAUUUGGCGAAGGAGAGUAUAUCCGUCUUAAAUAUACACGACUCCAAGGACGAAAUUGGUGCUUUAGUAGGCACGUGUUCUUUCUACGAUCACGUCUUCAAAAUUUCUGCGAUUUAUUCGCAAGAUAAGAAUUGGCCUCUUUGAUGCAAGUAAAACUCAAUAUACUUUAUCGUGUACAUAGAGAUUUUAUAGAAAAUACAAGAUACAUUUAAUAAAAUAAUUAAACAAAGAUGA